AUAUAAUUGUAAACAUACGAUCAGCUAAAGUCAGUCGUGUGGGACAAAUCUAUUGAACCAUGUUUCUUAUUGUAUAUAUCAUUGUAUGCUAAUUGAAUCAUGAAACGGACAUUUAAAUGACAUCGCACAUUGAAAAGCAACAAAGACAGGUUGGGGCAGUUUUAUUUUUACUGUACAGAGAAGAUUAAAUGGUAAACUCAUGAUAAAUCCAUAAAACAUUCUGAUUAUAGUUUCCAAGGAAACAAGAAGUGACUUUAUUUAACGUUCCUCUUUGCUAUUUGAUUGGUAGAGAAAUGAAGAAGAAAGCAUCCUCAUCACAGCUAGUCGUUCGGAACCUGGUUGUUUCUGUGAAGACAAAGCACAUUCUCUAUGGAGUUAAUACAGGGGCACAAAGUGGAGACCUUCUUGCCAUUAUGGGUCCUACAGGUUCUGGGAAAACAACGCUUCUGAACACAAUAGCUGGACGAGUUCAGUCAACGUCAGGGGAAAUAACUAUGAAUGGACAAUAUUUCAAUAAACAUCUUAGACGUCGACUUGGCUACGUGUUGCAAGACGAUGUGUUCAUGCCUAGUUUAACUCUGUAUGAAACAUUAUAUUUCACUGCAAUGAUUCGUAUUGCUGAAUCAGUGUCGGUGAAGGACAAGCAAACCCGGAUAGAUGAUAUAGUAAAGGCUUUGGAUCUGAAGAAAUGUCUUCACACAGUUAUUGGUGACUUUUUUGUCCGUGGACUGUCCGGUGGUGAAAAGAAAAGAGCCAAUAUAGCAUGUGAAUUCCUGACAGACCCUGAUAUUAUGUUGAUUGAUGAGCCUACAUCCGGACUGGACUCUACUACAGCACAUAAUCUAAUGACUCAACUUAAGGACUAUGCCACUCAGUACAACAAAACCAUUAUAGCCACAAUCCAUCAACCAUCUAGUCAAGUUUAUCAUUUGUUUUCUAAGCUGCUGUUGUUGAUGGACGGUAAAGUAGCUUAUUUCGGAAUAGCGUCAGACGCAUUAAAUUACUUUGAGAGAAUUGGAAUGACAUGUGCAAUACAUUUCAACCCAGCUGAUUUUCUUCUUGCUUUGUUGAGCAGAGAUGAAGAGACUAGCAAGAAAAUACUAGAGGAAGCCGACAGGAAUAAAAAGUUUGAAAUAAUAUGUGGGCAGAGUCCUCUUUCAAACGGUCAGAAUGGUCACUCCAAUCACAGCUAUACAAGUAAAUCUGAUGCUGAUAUUUCAAAAGCUGAAAUUAGGACAAAUGGGUCGGCUGUUUCGUUCGAUAACAUUUGUGCUGUUGGCAUGGAUACAGAAGAGACGUCCUUGCAUUCCCAUCAAACAUGGCCAACCUCGUUUUGGAUGCAGUAUCGUAUGUUAACAUGGAGACAAUUUAGACAAUCAAAGGGUCGAAUCCUACACAAAUAUGAAGUGAUACAGUCUUUGCUGUUAGCAACGCUUGCUGGCAUAUUCUAUUUCCAGACAGACUAUUCUUACAGAACAUUACGUGAUAAAAUGGGAACAAUUUUCUUUAGUGUUACUUAUUGGGGAUUCAGUUGUAUAAUUGCCACAGUAACAGGGUUUCCAGCAGAAAGAGGUGUAAUAAAAAAGGAAAGAGAAGCUGGAGCCUAUAGGUUAUCAGCUUACUAUGCUGCUAAAAUAACCAGAGAUCUCCCUUUGAUACUGAUCACACCAGUACUUUUCUACUGCAUCAUUUACUGGAUGUCUGCUAUAGGAGAUGGAGUCUUAUUCGCCAUUUUUCUUGGCGUGAAUUUACUUUUCUGCACAGUGGCACAGAGUAUUGGUCAUAUAAUUGGAACAGCAAUGCCAGACAUGAAACUUAGUUUUACAACAGUUAAUUCUUACAUGCUGUUUUCUCUCCUGUUUUCCGGAUUUUUCAAUACCAAUCUGCCUGAUUGGAUAAAAUGGGCAAAAUAUUUGUCAAUUAUCCAUUACGUAUUUGGUUGUCUCAAUAUACUGAGUACAGAAGGAAUGCCUGUUUUAUGGUGUAAUACAACUUCAAUUGAACUUUACCCGUCAUGCACUGCAAAUACAACAUUCGUUACAAUAACCGACGUUCUAAAAGAUUCCGGGAUUGAUAUUCCUUAUUUUUGUUAUAUAGCAACUCUAGGAAUCUUAUUUAUAGUUUUACGUGUGUUAGGUUAUUAUGUUAUGAAAUGGAAACGGUAGAAAAUAUGUACAUGAAGUGAUGACAUUUAUAUAUUUUGUAUUGAAAUUUAAAAAAGAAUGUUUAUUUUCCAUGACCCGAAAUAUUUAAGCCAAUAUUUUUUCAUUAAAGCAGCGGUCACAGGACGUUCGAAAAUUCAGAAAUAUACAGUUCACCUUUUAAUUCCACAUCAUAUUGACCAACUUAUCAUUUACUUGUUAUUUGCUCUAGUUUGCAGUUAGAAAGGCGGCUAGUUGUAAUCGAAGGUAAAUAACAACCAAA